AUGGCGUUAUCGGAGUUUGAGAAAAAGAGACAGGAAAACAUCCGCAGGAACAAGGAGUUGUUGUCGAAGCUCAAUCUUGAUUCCAUCUCCACCAAGAUAUCACGUGAAAUCGAACGCAAGUCGGCAUCACCGCAGCCAACACGGAAGAGACCCAGCAGGAGUGGUGCUCCGUUGAGAGUCAGCAAGAGGAACAAGACGGAAGUUGCGCCGCCUUUGCCAGCUCGCAGAUCUCGUCGAAUAGCAGGGAUCCAGUCGGCAGAAGAUGACCCUGAAGGCUACGCUAAGCACCGCGAGGAAGAAGAGGCUAAAGCGCGUCGGAAACGUGAAUAUGAGGAGUUGAAAAGAACGAAAUUGUUUGGCGAUUUCAGCUUGAUCGAUUUGAUCACUGACAAAAGGAAAGGCGAGAUGCUAUUUGAAGAUAAAGUCAGAAACAGAGUGAAGGAGGAAAAGGAAAAUGAACAAGGAGAAGAAGGAGAAGAAGAAGAAGAAAACGGGGCGAAGCAGUCCAGCGAUGAAGCCGAGGAAAUCACAGAACAAGAAAACAAAGUCUUGCACCUUUUGCAAUCGCUAGGGGACAAAUUCUCAGCCGGCGAUUUCUAUGAACAGAUCAAGAACAGCAAAAGCACGCAGAGCAGAUCCAUCGAUGCUAAACGGCUGGAGUUUGAAAAAUUGAGGAUUUUCCCCGAGUUUGACCCGCUUGAGGUCAAGCUUACCCAUAAUCGAAUAACAUCCAUCAUGUUUCAUCCUUCUACGCGAGAUCGGGUGGUUGCAGCAGGUGACACUAACGGUAACGUCGGAAUAUGGGCCCCCGACUUUAAUUCCAAAGAGCCCACCAUUUCAAUCAUGCGUCCCCACGGCAGGAACAUUUCGAAAAUCAUCACCCCCAAAUCCCAUUUGGAAAAAAUAUACACCGCGUCUUACGACGGCAGCAUCCGAUCGCUCGAUCUCAACAAGCUCACCACGUCAGAAGUGUUGUCGAUAAGCGAGGAGGAACACGGAGGUAUAUCCGAUAUCAAUUUGGUGCGAGAAGACCCCAAUUUGCUAUACCUUAGCACCCUAGAAGGCGAGUUCUUGACUCACGAUUUGAGAAUGAGCAGCAGCAGCAAGAGGACAAAGUUUUUGAGGUUGCACGAUAAAAAAAUCGGAGGGUUCGCCGUCAACCCCAACAACUCCUAUCAAAUCGCAAGUGCAUCGCUAGACCGAACGCUUCGGCUCUGGGACUUGCGCAAGGUUGACAGGCUGGAAUAUUCAGAGUAUGCACAACAAAAGAGCCCCCACAUGUACGGCAACUACACGUCUCGUCUAUCCGUCUCCACCGUUGAUUGGAACCUCGAUAACCAUCUCGUUUGCAAUGGGUACGAUGACCAGAUAUGUAUAUUCGACUAUAGCAAACCCCCCAUUAUAACCAAAUGGAGCGACACCUACAUGCCCGAUUACAAACCAACUAGAAACGGCAGCAGCAAAAAUGAUGACAUUGAACUUCCCGAGAAUUUGACACCCGUGAACAGGAUCAAGCACAAUUGUCAAACUGGAAGAUGGGUAUCCAUCCUCAAGGCCCGGUGGCAAGAGAACCCCGCCGACGGGGUGCAAAAGUUUAUCAUUGGCAACAUGAAGCGUGGAAUGGACGUUUACGACCAGAACGGGGUUUUACUUGCGCACUUGGACGACGAAAUUAACGCUGUGCCUGCCGUCUGUUCAUUACAUCCAACUCAAAACUGGGCUGUUGGAGGAAGUGCUAGUGGAAAGAUCUACCUAUUGCAAUAA